AUGAGGCUCUUUCGUGGUUUCAUUGCCUUUGUCUUGGCAUCCUCUCCUUUGGUAUUGGCUCAGAGUUCUGAGAGUUCCGCUAUCCUGGCCACGCUACCAAAAUGUGCUUUGAAAUGUCUGGCUGUAUCUGUAUCUAAUUCAACAUGUGAUCUUCUCGACACACAAUGUACAUGUAGAAAUGAACCACUCCAAGCCGAGAUUGAGACUUGUGUCUUGGCUUCUUGCACCGUCAGGGAGUCAUUAAGUACCAAAAAUGCUUCCAUGACACUAUGCGGUGCACCUGUCCGAAAUCGCCAACGAGAAAUCCUCGCCGUCAACGAUGUAUUGGGCGUCACCUCGGGUAUCUUUGUCUUGCAACGAUUCGCAACGAAACUAGUAUACAAGCUACCUUGGGGUCUUGACGAUCUCUUUAUCGGCUUGUCUAUGCUCAUGGCCAUCCCCUGCAUGGUCAUCAACUCGCACGGCUUAACACCAAACGGUAUGGGUCGCGACAUCUGGACAGUCACCCCCGACCAGGUCACCAAUUUCGGUCGGAACUUUUACAUGAUGGCCAUAUUCUACUUUACGCUGCAGACCUUCCUCAAGCUGGCCAUGAUUUUCUUCUAUCUCCGCAUCUUUCCAACACGCGGCGUCAGGCGGGCUUUGUGGGCCACUGUCGUUUUUAAUUGCGUCUUUGGCGUCUCGUUUAUCCUGAUAGCCGCAUUUCAAUGUCAACCUAUCAGCUACUUCUGGACUAAAUGGGAACACAAAACCGAAGAUACGGGAACAUGCCUUGACAUUAACUCUAUAACCUGGUCCAGCGGAGCAAUCAACAUUGCCCUGGAUUUCUGGAUUUUGAGCAUUCCACUCUCGCAGCUGAAGAAGAUGAAUUUGGACUGGAGGAAAAAGAUUGGGGUCGGAAUCAUGUUUAGCGUUGGCAUCUUUGUCACCAUAGUUAGUGUCCUCCGCCUCAGCGCCACCAUCAAGAUGCGUGCAGGAGUAGGUGCGAACAAUGCAACAUGGGAAUACACCGAGUUCGACCAGUGGUCCACCAUCGAGGUCAACGUCGGAAUUAUCUGCGCUUGCAUGCCGAGUCUUCGAGUUCUUCUCGUCCGCCUCUUCCCCAAGAUACUUGGCAACUCAACUCAGCAACAAUACUACAAUUACGGCAGCAACAACUAUGGCGGCCCAAGCGGACCCGGAACGAACAAUCGAAGCCGCUCUCGAUCUCAACCACUGGGCACAACGUCGCAAGUUGACAAGACGGCAUUCCGUUCCCACGUUAAUCCUAUGGGUAUUACGUGCGACAGAACAUAUGAGGUGGAAUUCGGUCAUAAAGACAAUGAUGAGACAGAGCUAUUUUAUAUGAAAGACAUGGACUUGGACUAG